AUGCCUUCACUGGGGUUUCUCAAGAAAAAGCGGACCAGAGAGGGCAACUCUGACCCUUCGGCCUCAAGUCCAACUAGUCCAGUCACUCCUACCACGUCCAGGUCCAAGUCCAUCUCCAAAGCUUUUCACCUGCCUCGAAACAACAGACAUUCCACCUCAGCACCGACGGCCCAGCCAACCAACGCCCAACAACAGCAACAGCAACAGCAACAGCAACAUCAGGAAGGCGCUGCGUCUCAAUCCAAUCAGUCUCCUGCGCAAAACCAACAAACGGCAGGUGCCCCCGACGGCCAGCAACAGCAAGACCACGAUAUGGAUACAAUCAAGCUUCAUAAGCCCGAGUACGGGACAAAUUCCAUGAACCCACACGAUCAUCAAAACCUCCCAAGCAUCAAUAACCUUAUCAAUCAGCCCCAGCAGCAAAAUGCUCAGGGCAAUUCCUAUAACAACGGCCAGACCAAUCCGCAAUUCUUAGCAGCUACGAUAGAUAACCACCGACCACAAACCGUCAGUCCUGGAACUGAUCCCGCAAUCCUCCAGCAGCAACAGCAGCAGGCUAUGCCGCAGCCUCCACAGCAACAACAGCCUUCUGACAACCAGCAAUCUCAACAACAAUACCAGCAACAGCAGCAGCCUCAACAGCAGCAACAGCAGUUUCAACAAAAGCAACACCAGGAACAAAACCAGAACGAGGUGCAACAGCAGCCACAACAACAGCCUCGUCAGUCUGGUCACCAGUAUACUAAUUCCGUCAUGCGCGUCACGAAAGGCAAGUACUCGCUGGGUGACUUCGAUAUCUUGAGGACGCUUGGAACUGGUAGCUUCGGCCGUGUCCAUCUAGUCCAAUCGAAGCACAACCAGCGUUUCUAUGCUGUCAAGGUGCUCAAAAAGGCACAAGUGGUCAAGAUGAAACAGGUCGAGCAUACCAAUGACGAACGACGCAUGCUGGCUGAUGUCAAGCACCCUUUCCUUAUCACCCUCUGGGGUACCUUUCAGGACUCAAAGAACCUUUACAUGGUGAUGGACUUUGUUGAAGGUGGUGAACUGUUUUCGCUUCUGAGGAAGUCUGGUCGCUUCCCCAAUCCUGUAGCCAAAUUCUAUGCGGCAGAGGUCACUCUUGCCUUGGAGUACCUCCAUUCCAAGAACAUCAUCUACCGUGAUCUCAAGCCAGAAAACCUGCUCCUUGAUCGACAUGGUCACCUGAAGAUUACAGAUUUCGGCUUCGCGAAGCGUGUGCCUGACAAGACCUGGACUCUGUGCGGCACACCUGAUUACCUAGCUCCCGAAGUGGUCUCUAACAAGGGUUACAACAAAUCUGUGGAUUGGUGGUCAUUGGGUAUUCUGAUAUACGAAAUGCUUUGCGGUUACACGCCAUUCUGGGACAGUGGAUCUCCGAUGAAGAUCUACGAAAACAUUCUCAAGGGCAAGGUCAAAUAUCCCGCAUACGUUAACACAGACGCCCAAAAUCUCUUGGAGCGCCUGAUCACGGCCGACUUGACGAAGCGAUUAGGUAACUUGUACGGGGGUCCUGCAGAUGUGAAGAACCACCCUUGGUUUGCCGAAGUCACCUGGGACCGACUAGCCAGGAAGGACAUAGAUGCUCCGUAUACGCCACCGGUCAAAGCAGGUGCUGGUGAUGCCAGCCAGUUCGAUCGUUACCCUGAAGACCCUGAAAAGUAUGGAAUGGUCGGAGGAACAGAUGAGUACGGACACAUGUUCACAGAGUUUUAA